CCCAUUUGGUCCGCCCGCGGCAACCACGGGCGGUGGUGGCUUCCAGUUCGGCUCCUCGCUCUCCGCCAAGGGCCACUCCAGUUUGCCAUCGAAGGAAUCCGUGGCGAAACCGCGCAGAGCGACGUUGCCCUGGACAGCGUUUGCAUCUCAGCCUGCGACCUCUCAGAUUGCUACACGAGCCCAUCGACAGUGACAGCCCCUCUGUCAACAACCCUCACAGGGACGCCGGCCGAUCCGGCGAGCACCUUCACCCAACAAGCUAACACGGACGACUCUGCGGACACGGCGCACACAAACCAACUCUCGACAUCGGCCGCCACGCAAGCUGUGCACGAACCGACAGGCGGCUCAACGCCAGGGCCUACGGAAGUGGUCACAGCGCCGGUCUUCAGCACGACAGGCAUGCCAGGGGUAACGGAUCACUCGGUGUCGGAUUACACCGCAACGGACCUGCCUCGGACCGUGACCACAACAGGUUUUGAAUCUUCUCCAAUGGUAACCGACAUAUGGAUGUCGGAUCUCACAGAUGAUCCACUGGUAGACAGCACAACAGACCUAGAUUUUCCCACAGAAUACACAGAUUACCCAAUACCAGAUUCUACCGAUUCCACAGAGGAGGCUCCUGUAGACAGCACUACAGACUUCGAUUUUCCCACAGAAUACACAGAUGACCCAAUACCAGAUUCUACCGAUUCCACAGAAGAGGCUCCUGUAGACAGCACUACAGACUUCGAUUUUCCCACAGAAUACACAGAUGGCCCAAUACCAUAUUCUACCGAUUCCACAGAAGAGGGUCCUGUAGACAGCACUACAGACUUUGAUUUUCCCACAAAAUAUACAGAUGUGCCAAACCCAGAGUCUACAUAUCCCACAGGGGAACCUCCUAUCGUCAGCACUACCGACCUUGACUUUUCCACAAAAUAUACAGAUGCGCCAAACCCAGAGUCUACAUAUCCCACAGAGGAACCUCCUGUCGUCAGCACUACCGACCUUGACUUUUCCACAAAAUAUACAGAUGCGCCAAACCCAGAGUCUACAUAUCCCACAGAGCAGCCUCCUGUCGUCAGCACUACGGACAUUAACACGGAAGUCUCGGGCAUGUUCACGACGGUUGAGCCACCAGCUGAGAGCACAGCAGCUGCCAGCUCCUCGACAGCACGGGCCUCGCCUGCGACUGCCGGAACGCCAGCGUUGUCGUCUGGAGCAGCCACACGAGACCGUGCGGUUUGCCACGUGGCCGGAGAUCCGCACUACGUGACCUUCGACUCCCGGCUUAUCAGCUACAUGGGCACGUGCACGUACACGCUGGUGGCCCUGUGCAACGACACCGGCGUGACCAACUUCACCGUCACGGCCAAGAACGAGGAGCGCGGCCUGCCCAACGCCUCCUACCUCAAGCACGUGGUCGUCGACAUCGCGGGCCACCGCAUCACCCUGCAGAAGAGCCACCGCGUGCUGAUCAACGGGAAGCGAACCAAGACCCCGAUCAUUGGUGCGGUGCCCGGGGUGCAGAUCGGCAUGCAAGGGAGCUACGUGCUCGUCGUGACGGACUUUGGGCUGGAGGUCAAAUUUGACGGCGUUCAUCACCUUGCGAUUUCCAUACCGAGCACUUACUCCCGCAAGGUCUGUGGCAUGUGCGGCAAUUACAACGGGAAUCUCGACGACGACGACCUGAUGCCCAACGGGGAACCGGCGCCCAGCACCGCGCUGCUCGGCGACAGCUGGAGGGCAGUGGGCGACACGGACGCCGGGUGCCAGCCGGCCGCAACUCCUGACGGAUGCGAUGCAGCCGACGAGGAACUCUACGGGAGGAUGUGCAAAAUCAUCGUCUCCUCCUCUGGACCCUUUGCCAGCUGCCACGACGUCGUCGAUCCGGCCAUCUUCUUCCAGUCGUGCGUCUUCGACGUGUGUCAGUACGGCGGCAUGGAGAGCACGCUGUGCCACAUCCUGCAGGCCUACGCGGAGGCCUGCCGCGCCGAGAACAUCGACGUCCUGUGGCGCAACGAAACCUUCUGCCCGCCGUCGUGCCCGCCGAACACCCACUACACGCAGUGUGCCUCGCCCUGCCCGGCCACUUGCUCGGAUAUCGACGCCGUAGCCGGCUGCCAGAGCGCGGCUCGGUGCUCCGAGGGCUGCGUCUGCGACCAGGGCUUUGUGCUUAGUGACGAUCUCUGCGUGUCGCUGGAAGCCUGCGGCUGCCGGGACGACGAAAACAACUACCACUCGUUCGGGGAGUCGUGGCUCACGGACGACUGCGGCGCGAGCUGCACGUGCGAGGCGUUGGGCGCGGUGCGGUGCUCUACGCACGGCUGCACCAUGGGCGAAACCUGCGAGCUCAAGGAUGGGAAUUACAUCUGCAAACCGAUCGGCUACGGGACGUGCACAGUCUCCGGAGACCCCCACUACCAGUCGUUCGACGGGCGCCUCUACCACUUCAUGGGCGAGGAGACGUACGUGCUGGCGCAGAGUUGCGGCGGGGACGACGGGGGCCUGGCGCCGGUGCGCGUGCACGGGCGCAACGAGCGGCGCGGGAACCAGGCGGUGUCGUACCUGGCCGAGGUGCGCGUCUUCGUGCUGGGACACGAGGUCCGCUUCACCAAGAGGAACGACUUCCAGGUGGACGGCGUGAGGAUGAAGCCGCCGGCGACCCCCGCGGAAGGACUGCACAUCCAGCAGUCCUCUCACAAGUUCAUCCUCAGGACCGACUCCGGCCUCACCGUGACCUUUGACCGCAAGGAGCACGCAGAUGUGGUCAUGCCCAGCUCCUACAUGAGCCGGCUGUGCGGCCUGUGCGGCAAUUACAACGGAAACGCCAGCGAUGACUUGGCGACUCCCGACGGGCAGCUGGCUGCGAGCACGGACGAGUUUGGCCACAGCUGGAGGGUUGGCGACGACGCUCGCCACACUCCUGCGAGGUCGAACGAGCAAAGGGUGUUCAGGAGGGAAGCACCUUCCUGGAUGCAGGAGGACUUCGCUGACCUGUCCUGCGAUGCCGGCCAGCUGGCAGAGCUGCUGGGCGCCACCGCGUGUGGGAUUAUGAAGGAGGCCGAGGGGCCCUUUUGGCAAUGCCUCGACGAGGUUCCCCCUGCUCACUACUUCACGAACUGCUUGUACGACAUGUGCGAAAACAUCGGAGACCGAGAGACAUUCUGCAGCAGCCUGGAGGUUUACGCGGCAGCCUGCCAGCAGCAGAGCAUCACUCCCAGGAGCUGGAGGAAUGUCACGGGAUGCGAACCGAUGUGCCCUCCAAACAGCGUCUACGUCGAGCGCAUGUCCGCCUGCCCGUCCACCUGCGGGGACUUGGCCGCUUCUUCGAACUGCGAGCUCCCCGACGUGGAGGGCUGCCAGUGCUUGCCCGGGUUCGUGAUGAGCGGCUUCGACUGCGUCCCCUUCACCCAGUGCGGCUGCCUCUACGAGAACUCCUACCGCGAGGCUGGAGAGACGUUUUACACAUCCGGCUGCAACAAGAACUGCACGUGCAUGAAUGCAAACUUGGUGCAGUGCAUGGACACGAGCUGCGGCGCCAAUGAACUCUGCACCGUUGGCGAUUUUACCAUCGGCUGCUUUGCGGAUGAUCCGUGCGCUCACGUAACCUGUGAGAAUGGAGGCUCCUGCUCAUCGUUGAGUGGACAGCAGGUCACGUGCCAGUGUCCCCCCCCAUUCACAGGCGACCGUUGCGAGAGCACAAUGAGCCCAGGUGAUCUGUGUGCUGCUGGGAACCCAUGCUUGAACGGGGGAAGCUGCACAGAAGUAGGUGGACAAAUUCACUGUCGCUGCCCCGACUCCUACACUGGAGACCGAUGUGAAACCAAAGAUUUGACGGUGACGAUCAUCAUCGCGGUGGUGUGCAGCGUGGGUGGAGUCCUGAUCGCCGUUGUCGUCACCGUCGUUUUGGUCAAGUACUUCCGAAACAGGUCAAAGUCCCAGCUAUUGCAGGAGGAGGGCGACGACCAAGACGACGUCAUCACGGUCGCCAGCGGCUCAUCGACGCCGCGCUUCAAUUAUGACAAUUCUGAAUUCAACGUCGAGUUCACGAGCAGCGAUCCCUGGAAUGCGCGCUUGAACGACUGAAGAUGUUCGCGUCGUCACGAACGUGGGAAAAAAACCCGCAUUGGCGAGUGUCGUUGCAGCUGCAAAUCACAGCAACAAGCAAACAAACAAAAAACGCAUCGGUUCGUUGAGAUGGAGGUGUCCAGGGGAAGUCGUGGCUGUGACUCCCUCUCUAAGGCCGUGAACCCCAAAUGUCUUGCAGACCCCGUUAAACUAAAAUGUCUUACAGACUCAGUUAACCCCAAAUGUCUUACAGACCCCGUUCACCCCAAAUGUCUUACAGACCCCAUUAACCGCAAACGUCUUACAGACCCCGUUAACCCCAAAUGUCUUACAGUACCCGUUAACCGCAAGUGUCUUCGCCGUGCAGUCUUAGGGUCCUUACGUCACCUUGGUGAGGCCACUUGAGAAACUCUUGAUGCUCGUGGCCCAAUUAGGCACACGUUGGCGUCAAAGUUAUUUACCAGGUCUCUCGGCUGCCGGACGGUGCACACUUGACCUCCAAGGUCCGCCCUCACAGUAUCCCACCAUCUGACUUCGAGGGCCUCCCCUCGUUCUCAAAACCUCUGGGUGUCACUCUUAUGUGCUUCUCACUAACCUGUUUUCCCCAUAUCAUACAAAGACAAUGAUCCCCCCGUAUAGCCUGAACAGACUGAUGGGGCAAGUGCUGCUAGCGAGCACCUAAUGAAGGCCGGCACGGCACACAAGUGGGUGGGUGGCCAACACUACGCCCGGCCGCCUUUGUCUCCCUUGUGGCGAUGUUUACACAUUACACCUGGUACUAAUUUGAGGCCGAGUUGACCUAGGGGAGGCCCAGGUCCAGUUCAGAUAAUCAAUAGCGUUGGCCGUGAGCGAGAAUCGAACUCGAGUCACCGGGUUUGUAGCGCAGCGCGCUAACCGCUACACCACCGCUCCCCACCUCUCAUCCUACAACACACGCAAGCACGGCCAUCCCACUUGUCGCAACCUAAAUGCCGCAUGGGAACGUAGGGGGGCGGGGUGGCUGCCCACUCCUGCCCACCCACGACAUUUGUACAAGCCAAAUGCAGUGCGCCCUCGGCAUCCUCUAUGGACACCCCAGGCUUUUCAACACGUGUCCUGGGCCCGGAGGGCAUCGUGCCUGCACAUCAAAGUUGCACUCCAUCUCAUGGCCCCCUUUCUCCCAGCCGCCUUCGUGAUGCAGAUCGUUACAAUUCGAAGCGAGAAGGUGCUCAAAAUUAUCCACGCUGCCCCUGACCCGGUGGUGAAAUAUCCAUAUUUCUGUGGGAGGUGAUGAAAGUCCAUCCAUGGCAACAACCAACGUUGACUUCCACACAAAGUAGCACUUAUUUUAUCGACCCUCUAAAAGGAUGAAGGAGCUCACAUUUACCCCCGCUCAGGAGUUGAACUCGCACUUUUCUAGAUACGAGCCACGUAUUCCGAAGUAGCACUGCGAUAACCCCUACGGUCCAAGCUCACAAAUCCGUCACUGCUGCAUCCAGUAUCACCAUGUCCUUCUGAUGACCGAGAUGAAGGUGCAAAAAGCUGUCCCCAACUACCUGCAACCGCCAUCACCUGUUGGUGCAGACCUCACCUGUGCGCCUAAGUGCUGAACAGUGCAAACUGCCCAGCACUUCCUAGUCGGCCUUGCCCUGACUCUUGGGUGCAAUUCACCAUUUGUUUUGUUUUGAAUACAAGUUAAAUACAAACAAUAAAGCAAAACGUGGCUGAUGUAUUUUCAAGAAGUGUGUUUACAUUUGGGCAAAAGUUAAUUAAGGAAUGGGUGUUAUUAUUGGUGUCUGGGUUUUUAAACAUCUCUACGCGUGGUUGGUUGUUAUCGAAUGCAUUGAAUAAAGUUGGUGAAUUCGGCUCUGCCGAAUACCGGCCGUCACCUCAAACCUGAAUUUCACGUCCUUUCAUGUAGUCGGCAACUACAAACUGAAGUAUUACAUGCUUCAAAACACGGUGUUGCACCUUUUCUGGUAGCUAAUUAGUAAUAAUAAUGUCAAUGUAUAAAGCGCCCUUAAACAAUUGUUCUCUAGAGUGCUGUGCAU